UAACCUCUCUUUCCAGUUUGGAGUCAAAUCCAACGGAGGGGCGAUCUCUUCCCCCGUCAACGCCAUUUCAAAAAUUAAUUUUUUUUUCUCGAUGCUUCUACUUCCCCGACUCCUCCCCGCGUAACCCUAAAUCCCCAAUCCUCACCGCUCCGAUAAUCACGCGAUCGAUCCAACGUAGCUUGCGAUCCCCCUUGACUCGAAUCUCGGCCUCGAGCGAUGACUGGACCAUCAUGGCUGAUUGACAGCAGAAGAAUUGCUUCGAAGAUAAAAAAUGCUUCUGAGCCAGUGGAUCCGAAUCGAUACAAAUUGAUCAGCAACCCGACUAAAGCUUGUCCUCAAUGCAAGCACAUUAUUGAUAAUAGUGAUGUUGUCCACGAGUGGCCUGGCUUACCUAAAGGUGUGAAAUUUGAUCCAUCUGAUCAAGAGCUGCUCUAUCAUUUGAUUGCGAAAGUUGGGAAUGGGAACGCAAAAUCUCAUCCCUUCAUUAAUGAAUUCAUCCCCACUGUUGAGGAAGUCGAGGGCAUCUGCUAUACGCAUCCUCGCAGACUACCAGGAGUUAAGCAGGAUGGAAGUGUAUCUCAUUUUUUCCAUAGAACUUUCAAAGCAUAUAAUACCGGGACAAGGAAGCGUCGAAAGAUAAACAGCGAUGAACUUGGUGAUGUCCGCUGGCACAAGACCGGCAAGACAAAACCGGUAAUUAUUGAUGGAAAACACGUCGGCUGUAAGAAAAUAAUGGUACUUUAUAUGAGCACUGUGAAGGGGGGGAAGGCUGAAAAGACCAAUUGGGUGAUGCACCAACACCACCUUGGUAUUGAGGAGGAUGAGAAGGACGGCGAAUAUGUCGUCUCAAAGUUAUUCUAUCAGCAGCAGUCAAAACCAGGCGAGAGGAGUGCUCAGGACUUGAGAGCUUUAGAUACUUUGGAAGCAGUUGUUAAUGAAGUAGAGCCCAUGGGUAUUCCAGCCUUGCUUCCUGAAGGGCACGAUGAUGGUAGACAAGAUAUUGUUCACAGCCCUGUACACGACUCUAAUCAGGGUAUUCCAGACUUGCUCCCCGAAGAGCAUGAUGAUAAUACACAAGAUAUUGUUCGCGGUCCAGUGGACGACUCUAAUCAGGUUAGUGUAUAUCAGGGAGCGCAAGAAGAGCACGGACAAACUGAAAAGCCUGAUGACCAAGAUAAUAAUCCACCGGAAGAAGCAAAAUGGUGGGAGGGCGAGUCGCAAUUUUUAUUAGAUUCUCAGCAGCUGGCAGAGGGCAUUGCAAUUUGUGACGAGUUUUUGCUGAGUCAGACUUCGUGUGGUGGUGAUGAGCCUAAAAAGAGCAGACCUCACUUAUCUGAUUAUGCCCACAUGGCGGUAGAGGACUUGAAGAAGGAUCUAGAAGAAUGCCAAAAGCUGAGCAACUUAGAAAAUCUGGGGAACUUAGACCACACGAAUGUCGAGCUUGAUACACCUUCAGACUUUCGACUAAGCCAGCUUGAGUUUGGAUCGCAAGACACUUUCUGAUAUGGGCCGGAAGCAAAGUUGCUGAUUGAUCAUUGUAGCUUCUGGAAGAAGCAGCUCUUACUUUUUGGAAUUAAUUUCAGAAAUUAACUGGCUUGUGUGCUUUGUGAAAGCAAUGCAGUGAUUGAUUUUGUAAGAGCACCUCUCAAUGUAUUUUGUCUUAUGUCCUACGAAUUGUAGAAUAUCUGAAGAUCGUGUAUUUAAUAUAUACUUAUGAGCACGUUUUGUGAAGAAAAACCUUAAUACGAAGGCAAAGGUAAUGUAAAACAUAUGUGCUUUGUUUUUACGGAA